AUAACAAGUCAGAGAAGGGCCAGUGGUUGCUGACUGACCGAUCACAGUUAACCAAGCAUUCCGGGGCGCAAUUUAGUAAAGGAAAGGAAAGCCCUAUAUGGUAUGUCAGCUUAUUAUAGCAUAUAAUUGCGGUUAAGUUGAAACGGUUAAUUACCUUCCUAGAUACGCUUUUUCUAGAAACAACGAGAAGCCGAAAAUGACUUCUCGCUCUCCGUACAGAGCCUCCCGGCCACCGUACUGAACCCGCCAAAAUGCGUUUACAAUGGGAGCGGAUUGACUGUGUCUCCUCCAUUUUAUCACAUAACUAGUACCAUUUGAUUAACUUUAUCAAAUCAAGAGCCAUGGCGUGUAAGAGGGGAGCACUGAUCGUGCUGGAGGGGGUGGACCGGGCCGGUAAGACCACCCAGUGCACCAAGCUGGUGGAGUCGUUUCGGGAGGUCGGGCGGGCGGCACACUUGUUGCGGUUCCCCGACAGGACCACGACCAUCGGGAAGCUGAUCAGCUCCUACCUGGAGAAUAAGAGUGACCUGGAGGACCACACCGUGCACCUGCUGUUCUCGGCCAACCGCUGGGAGCUUGUGCCCCUGAUGAAGAAGAAGUUGGAGGAAGGCACCACGCUUAUCAUCGACCGAUACGCCUUCUCCGGGGUUGCCUUCACCAGCGCCAAGCCGGACUUCUCCAUCGAGUGGUGCAAGGCCCCCGACGUGGGCCUGCCCAAGCCGGACCUGGUGCUGUACCUGCAGCUCAGCCCCGCCGCCGCCGCCCAGCGAGGCGAGUUUGGGACCGAGCGGUACGAGACCAGCAGCUUCCAGCAGCGUGUGGAGGGGCGCUUCGAGCAGCUCAUGGACGAAAGCUCCGUCAACUGGCAGGUCGUCGACGCAUCUCAGAGCAUCGACGAGGUUCACGACAACAUCAAGCGACUCAGCCUGAGCGCGCUGGCCGCCGCGGAGCACCAGCCAAUCGCAGAGCUGUGGCGGUAGAGCGGCUGACCCGGGACCCUUCACCUGGUCUCCCGGGAGCCGGGACUUCCUUCCAGACCAGUGAGACCACACACACACUUGGACACCUCAUCACAGUCACGCCUUGGUGCUGCGACGCGAAUCGACCCAAUUCACAGAACACCAGACGGUCAGCUGGAUGCCAGUCUGAUUUCAACAGAUCAUUUUUUAUUUUUUACCCUUUUUGAAUCCUUGAUGUUACACGUCAGUUGUUCUGUCAUCUGUGUAUGCGGUCGGUGUUUCUGCGUAAAUAAAUAGCCUUCGAGUGAGGUGGUGUGUAUGGA